AUGGCUGACCAAGAGAGCCCGACAGCGACCCAUAACUCGCCUCGCACGUGGCUCCUCACUGCAUCGCUAUCACCAUUGGCGGUGCGUCUGAUCCGGCAGUUGUUAACCCACGGCGAUUGUGUCGCAGCCUGCUUCCCUCCUUUGGAGAUUGAACACGAGGAACGAAGUGCCGAAUUUCGCGAGCUCAUCAAUGAGUGCACUAGUGGGCGGAAGGACCGGGAAGGGUGGAAGGACAGGAUCCGCGGUAUUCGAUGCGAUGGGAGGACCAUGAGCGGCUGCGGCGCCGCAGUUGCCGAAGCCGUCGACGUUUUUGGGAGGAUUGAUAUUCUUCUCUGCUGCCGCACCGGUGGCCACAUCGGCACGCCGCACAUGUCCAUGUACACCGCGGCGACAUGGGCGCUCGAGGGUUUCUGCGAUUCCCUCGCAUACGAGGUCGCUCCGUUCAACAUCAAAGUCACCAUCGUCCAGCCCAACAAGGAGAUCCAGUCUCUCACAAAUCGUAUCACAUUUGCUCCGCAGAUUCCCGCUUACUCCAACAGCUUCGCCGAUGCCCCCAGCGUUCGGGAGAUGCUAACUACCGUUCUCAACUCCAACCCCGACACGGCGGUCCCGGUAAAUCCGGAGUCCGACAGCUCCCCUACGUCACCGGACAGCAUCUCACUAGAGUCGGGCGAAGCUGUGGGUGAGAUAUUUUACCGCUAUCCAAAACUGCCGACAUCGUCCAUCGACAAGCUAGUAAACGAGACAAUUUACGCCCUGACGGCCAUUGGCGGCCACGAAAACCCGCCCUCGCGACACAUUGUAGGAUCCGAAGGGGCACUCGCGGUAAAGGAGAAGCUGAAGACUGUUACAGAGGAAAUGGAAGAUUUCGUCGAAGCGAGUCUUGCCGUGGACAUCUUUGAGAGCGAAUUAACCGAGGAGGCCAGGGACGACAGAAAUCGUGGUGCCAGCCAAACACCAGCUGCGAGCCAGACUCCAGUCACGGGACCAUCUACGACUGCUCCGUGGGUUGGUCCCUCUAAAAGCUCCACCGCGUCAGGCUCGAGGAAGGAAGGGGAGGUCACGGCGCCUCCCGAUGCUAGAAUGAGCUUGGACCCUUUGCUUCCCAUUGCUCCCGCGAGGGUGAAGGCGCUGCUGCUGCCCCUCGGAAAGAUCAAGGCCGCCAGGUUUGCGAGCUUUGCCGAGAGACUGCAAGCCGAGCAUGUCGUCCAGCUCAGGGAUAUCAGCGCCGAUGGGCGACCCAACAGGAACAUGUUCUCGCCAUUGGCGUAUCCCGACGGCGCAAUGCUCUACGACCUCAUCGCCCACGUCCCCCCUCCUUCGCACCUUGCGCUCUCGCCGUUCGACCUCUUCCGAGAGCCAAUGGCUGUUAUCGCAAUCGCCGACGGCAAAGAACUAGGCGACGUGACGUAUAGUAAGCGAAACUCCAUGAAUGGAAAGGGCCCUACACCGGUGGAGAAGAAUAUCAGGGCGCUGUACCAGGAGCUUGAAGAGCUGCGAGACAAUUACCCUAAAGCUCUCAUACACCGGGUCCUCAUCUUCGAUUAUGUGUCGCCGUCGACAGAAGUGCCCAUACCCGAGGGCAUGGCGGCGAUCCCUCCGCCCGAGGAGUCCAAAAGAACCACGAUGAAGACGGUCAUGUGUGACAUAUCGUCGCUGCUGCUGGCUGAGAUGACGACGUUGGGGAAAUCCUACGAGGCAAUGACGGCGAUUGAGUCACCAGGGGGCUAUUCGCUGGCCAGACAGCUGAGUACCACCUCGUGGGGCCCCGAUGCGACUUCGCCAACCAGUUUUACUCGGCGGAAUUCCCAGUUUGCCAUACCGCAGCACCUCCAGCGCUCAAGCUCUGCUACGGGCUUGGAUCGAUCAGGGGGCCGCCUGUCGCUACCUCCGGCUCCCAGCGGCUCCAGUGUCUCCACGCCAGGUCGCCCGUCUACACCCCUAAAAAGCAACCUCUCCAGUCCUCCGUUAAGCGCGGACGAUUUUCCGGGUGCUUCGAGCCAGAGACCAGAGUCUCCCGAAACUCACCCAAAGCCCGAUUUCAUUGAAGAUGCAAGCCGCGACCGUGUUUCUGUACAAGGAUUUGGGCCUGGUGGGGCAAACGAUCGAUGGCGACUCAAAGGGAAAGGCAGAUCAGCCAUUGUCAUAGGAUCCAUGUACCUGCAGGCAGGUCGCUGGGGCGAUUCGUUAAAGGAACUGGGCGAGGGAGCUGCCGCUGCCAAAUCUUUGAACGAUCACAUCUGGCACGGAAAAGCACUAGAAUUGAUUCUUAUGAAUCUGUUGCUUCUUGGCUGGUCAGGCUUGACCUUUCAAAUUCCGACAGUUUGUCUUCCCGCACAAGAUAAACACUCGUCGAUGAAGCCAGAACCAGAAAAUGCAGACCAGACUCAACCCAGGCACCUCCGAUAUCUUCAAGCUCUACUUCCUGAGCUGUUGGAACGAAUUGUAGGCCUCUAUUCUAGAAUAUCAGCCGAAAAUGUCCCCCAUUUGCCAUUGGCGGAGACUGUGAUUAGAUUCAGCAAGAUCUUAUCGGCCAUGCAUUUCUGCGAUGGCAAACUUGACCAAAGGGCGUUUGAUAUGAUUGUGAUGGGUAGAGGGUUGGACAAGGAUCUCACAACAUCGCCGCGACUGCUGAUAACGCCUUCAAGGCAACAUAUUUUAACACUUUUAUUCAAGGCAUUCCCUUCCACAGCCACGGAAUUGCUUACUACCGUUGAUCGGAUAUCCAUUUUGAGCGGCAUUGCGGCUGUUCUGGGACCCUUGGGCUAUCAUCGGAAGAAGGCCAUGGUAACCCGCGAACUGGUCUCCGUUCUCAUCGGAGGCCUCGUCGAAGCAAGAACACGCGGAGCUGCGGAUGCUGGGGUCCAUCCUGCUGCAGGUCUCGUGGCGCUGACGCCGGGUGGCAACUCGCAUGGUGCGACUGGGGCGAUGGCCCUGGACUUGGCUGAGGGAGACAUUGAGCAAGGUAUAGAGGCUUUCCUCGAACUCCUUUGCAAGUCAUACGGGGUUGUUGGCUUCGACAGGGCGAAGCCCCGACGACAGUCGCUCUCUGAAGGAUUUGACGACUCGGAUGAUGCUGUGAUUGCUCGAAUCCGUGGCCAGAUGAAGACGAGAUUCUUCGGCUUCCCCGAUAUCAAGCUCAACAUUUUACGGGCAUGCAUCAACUUUUCAGAAGCCUUACCGGACUUUAACGGGGUUCUCAAGUUUUCCAGUGAUUUAAUGCGCACAGCUGGAUCUGGCGUCGCCCCGGGCCCCCGUCGCGAAGAUGCAUCACCAAAGAUUCAUAGAGAUGAGCAGAUCCGCUUAGUUAGCAACAUUUCACGGACCUCGAACCUGGUCAAGAGGCUGGGCAUGUCUCACUUGACGGCUGAGUUUUGGGACGAGUUUCUUGUUCGGGAGAUCAAGCUGGAGCCUCUCCCAAGUACCCGGGUUCCUAUCCCCCACGCUCGCAGCGUCUUGCCAGGAGCAACGACGACCCGUGCGUCGCAGGAUGUCAACCCGUUUAUUUAUAAUCCGUUCUUGCAGGAGCCUGACGAGACAGCUGCAAACCUGGUUGCUGGCGAACCAGCCAAGUUCAGAGUAACAAUCCAAAACACCUAUGACGUUGAAUUGGAUAUCGAAAGUAUACGUUUAGAAACCGAAGGUGUCGAUUUCGAAGCCAUGAAAGAGACCGCCAUCAUCGGACCCUACCGAACGCAGGCGGUCCGACUGCAAGGUCUAGCCAAGGAGUCCGGGUCCAUCAAAGUGACGGGGGCAAUAAUCAAGGUUAAAGGUUGUAGGGAGAGGAGAUUUGCCGUCUUUCCCAAGCACUGGAAGCCGUAUCAAGAAGACAAAAUCAAAGUCAAGGGUAUUGCAUCAGUGUCUGCUCCUAUGAUGUCGGGCAAGUUUCACGAUCAGCCUCUAGAGCCAUUUAGCCUUGACCUGAACGUUACCCAACCCCAGCCCCUCGUGGUUGUCAAGUCAACGACGCUUCCUCAAUCUUCAGUUAUGAUCUUGGAGGGCGAGAGGCAAAUAUUCUCUGUCACGUUGCAAAACCAGUCAACUACGCCGGUUGACUUUAUGCUCUUCUCCUUCAAGGACUCGACACAGGAGCCUCUGCAGACAGCUCUUGCGAACCGAGAUGCCACGCCGGCGGAAUUAUAUGAGUAUGAGCUGAUACUAAUAAAGAAACAAGCUCUUCGACUUCCGCGCAACCACCAGAACCGCAACAUCUCCCCGGGAGGCGAGGCGACUUUUGAGUUUGAGAUUCUCGGCAAGCCUGGGCUGACACACGCAACGAUUCAAAUCGACUACACAUAUCUUGGAGUUCCCCGCGACGAGGUAACUGAGGAAUUUUACACACGGCAGAUAUCUGUGCCCCUGACAGUCACAGUCAACGCGAGCGUCGAGUUGGCAAGGAUUGAUGUGUUGCCCAUGCAUGGCUUGAUUCCGCAACCCUUGUGGGAGCGUCUAGGGGGUACAAAGCCGAUAAAGCCUGACGAGUACUGUCUGUUGUCCGUGGAUCUGCGAAAUGCUUGGCCUAGCCAAAUGGCGGUCCAUCUUGAGAACGAAGAUGGUAUGGCUGUUGAAGAGGGCAUUCUACCGGGAAAGACGAGCCGAAUCAUUAUACCUGUGAAGCGGGUCUACCUAGAAGACCCGCAUGCCUUAAUUCCAAGUCUUAACCCGUCAAAGAACAAACAGUUUGUGGUGAGCACCAGCAAGAUCUCACCCGAGAUGGAGCGAGCCAACCGAGAGGCAUUUUGGUACAGAGAGAGGAUUCUCGACUGCUUGAAGGCGACUUGGAGAACAACGGCAGUGCCGAAGCGAAAUGGCACCGUUGAGCUUCGCAAUAUUCGCCUUACUACCCGCAUGAUUGAUAUUGUCAAGGUGGGCGAGAUUGGUAUAGAUAUUUUUGUGGAGCGUCCGGGCGAAAGCGAGAGCAACAUCAACACAGCAUAUGUGGACGAGUUUAUACAAGUGCGGGUGCGAGUCACGAACAGGACAAGCCGACCAAUGAACUCGCUUGUCAGACUCCUGCCGGCGCUAUGUCAUCGUUCAGUCAAUAUCGCGCUUGAUUAUACGCGCAAAUUUGUGUGGAAUGGUACACUACAGCAACUUCUACCGGAGCUCCAGGGUGGCGCCAGCACAGACUUUGUUAUCGGCGUGACAGCGCUCUGCAGAGGAGAGUUUGAGCUUACGGCGUCGGUUGAGGAAGUUCAGAUCUGGGAAGAUGGCGGUGAGAAGGGAGACGGCAGUGAGCAGCCCCAGGGACGCCCGCCGUCGGAUACCCCGACGAGGGAGGAUGCGGCGCUUGGGAUGAAGGAGCGGAGGAUGUGGCAUUCACGACGACCAUGCAUACUGACGGUGAAGGACAGCGAUUGA